GCUCUUAUUAGAGCCGCAGGUUCGGAGGCGCUGUGAGUUGUAGCUGUAGCUUUAGCGGUAGCUAGCUUUACAUUUUCUCGAGUCUUUCGUGUUUUAUCUUUGAACUUUCGUGUAAGUUGCGGGGGCCGUGCUGCUGGGAAUUGUAGUUUUGGCUGAAAUCACCCAAGACCCCCCCACUCCCCCAGCCUGCAUACACUGGCCCCAUCCCUCAGUGACAAACCGCAGACAGACAGACAGACAGACGAACGACUGCAAGCCACAGACGCUAUGGACCGAUCCCCCUCCAGCAGCCUCCUGAUGGCGAGCAACGUGACCAACAAGACGGACCCUCGCUCCCUGAACUCGCGGGUCUUCAUCGGAAACCUGAACACCAUGCUGGUGACCAAGGCCGAUGUGGAGGCCAUCUUCAGCAAGUACGGGAAGAUCGUGGGCUGCUCUGUGCACAAGGGCUACGCCUUCGUCCAGUUCGCCAACGAGAGGAACGCCCGGUCCGCGGUGGCCGGGGAGGACGGCCGGAUGAUCGUGGGGCAGGUGCUGGACAUCAACCUGGCAGGUGAACCCAAACCUCACAGGUCGCAGACGACGAAGCGUCCAGCAGGAGAUAUGUACAGCAGUUCCACCUUCGAGCUGGACUAUGAUUUCCAAAGAGAUUACUACGACAGGAUGUAUGCCUACCCAUCCCGCGUCCCGCCACCCCCUCCCCCCCUCUCACGGGCAGUCAUCCCCUCCAAAAGGGCUCGGGUCAGCAUGAGCGGAGGAAGCCGCCGGACCAAGUCCAGCUUUUCCUCGUCCUCCAAAAGCAGCCAGCGCUCCUCAUCGCGAGCCAUUAAAGUGGAUGACCUCCAGACCAUCAAGAGGGAACUGGCUCAGAUCAAGCACAAGGUGGACUAUCUUCUGGAAAGCUUAGAUCGCAUGGAGAAGGAUCACAGCAAGAAGUCUGAUGGUAAGGUGUUGAAGACUGAGGCAGGCGAAGCUUCUUCUCAGCAGCACUCCAGCGUUAAGAAGGAGCGAGAGCGGGAGGAGCAGGAGAUCAACGACUCUGAAGAGGAGGAGGAAGAGGAGGGAGACCUGCUGGAGGAGGAAGAGGUGAAGAGUCACGGAGGAGAGAAUGAAGAAGAGGAAGGAGAAGAGGAAGAGGAGGGAGAGCAUGAGGAAGGAGAAGACGACGGCGACAGCGUCAAUGGAGAUGACCCAUAAACUCUCCUUAGAUAAACACACACACACACUAUACAGAAAAUCUACAGACACUAUACACAACACACACACACACACACACACACACACACACACACACACACACACACACACACACACACACACGUCUGGAGUAACAACACAGUUCUGCUCCUCCCAAACCCUUUUUAUCAGAAUUAUGGUUGUUUAUUAUUAUAUAUUUUUUUUAAUCUCAUAUUUUCGUUACGUAAAGAAUGUAAAGACACACACACACACACACACACUUGUUAUGAAGCUCAGUGUAAUUUUAAAGCCACACUCAUUUACUCCAGACCAUGUUUUUUCUUUCCCUCUUAGGAAUAAAAAAAAAGUAGUUUUUAAUACAUUCCUCAUCAUUCCCACACAUUUUAGAAACCGGUUCAUGUUUUCGGAUUCAGAUCUUUUUUCUUUAUUUCUUUCUUUCUCGAUUGUUCCAAGUGAAGAGCAAUGGAGUGUGUGAGCGUGUGUGUGUGUGUGUCUGAGUAAAGACACACCUCUAAAGAGAAGAGUAGAGUGUAUUUCUGUGGACUCUGGUUAUUUUAACAGUGGGUUAUUUUCCUCUGGCUCUGUUAUUACUGAGUGGGGGGCUGAGAUCACACUUCCUCCUCCAUCCUGGAAACAGUAUGUAUGUUAAUAUUUGCGUGUUUUUUUUUUUUUUUUUUAUGUCACCCUCGUUCCGGUAAGUUCUACAUAUAAAUUUCAAUAAAAAUGAUGGUAAAGUAA